AUGGGUUUCCCGGACAGGUUUUUAGCUUGGGUGGGACUGCUGUACGGGGACAUUACCAGCAAAAUCAUCGUAAAUGGGCAUCUGACAAAAGCGGUGGGAGUACACUGCGGCGUCCGUCAGGGCUGUCCAUUAUCUCCCCUUCUGUUCGUGGCCUGCAUUGAACCACUGGCACAGGUCUUGAGAAGGGACCAACGGAUCAGUGGGGUGGGGAUCCCGGGGAGUGGGGGGAUGACCGCCAAGUGCGUUUUUUACAUGGACGACGUCAACAUUUUAUGCACCGACCUUUUAUCCGUCGACAGGACCCUGGACAGGACCGACUGGUAUGGACGAGCCUCUGGGGCGAGACUGAACAGAGACAAGACCGAGGCCCAAUUUUUCGGACUAUGGGCAGACCCAGACUUGACCAGACUACCACUGACGGUUAAAACGACGGACAUAAGGGUAUUGGGGGUAAAGUUUGACCGGGAGGGAGGAGGGAGCGGCAACUGGAAUGGGAUCCUGGGGACAGAGUCUUUUAGCCCUGGAGCGGAUGCUUUUCUACUUCCUGUGGGGGAGCAAGUGGGAGAGGCUGAGGGAGGUGGUCAAGAGGCCCAGGUCCAAGGGGGGAAAGGCUUGCCUGACCUCUACUUGUUCCUGGGCAGCCGCUACACAGCGUUACAUCUCACUCUUGCCACCUCCCCGGCCAACAACAAGACCCAGGCCCUCGCACGCUGGACCCCUGCUGUAUCCGGCACCACACCUACUCCCGCCCGGCCAUCAAGGGGUGGUAAGCCGGCGGCAAGGAAGCGGAGGAAGGGCAGCGUGGAACCGUCCAGCGUGGAACCUGCCAGAGCGGAGGAGGACCGUUGGCACACUGUUCUUGAGGAGGAUGUGGCCCCACCACUUCCACUUUUCCGCCCAAAACGCCCAGUCGGCCCUCAAUUGGACACCACUUCUAAAUACAGCCCCAUGCAACUUUUCCAGUUGUUCUUCACCUCGGCAGUUCUUGAUACCCUGGUGAUGAACACUAAUAAAUAUGGGGCUAAGAAGCAGGAAGACCUGAGGAAGCUGGAGAUGUGGGCCUGUGGCACCAUUCGGACCAACCGAGUGGGUUUUCCAAAAACCAGGGUUUUAAGACAUUUUAAACUGGAAAAAGAAGCAGUCACGGUUUUAACUAAACACCGCUCUCUUCUCUCUCUUGUGCAGGAUCGGGAACCAGUGUGUCCAGUACGCGGGCUUGCUAUAGGCGAGCCCACAACGGUUUGGCGUAAUGUGGCCCAUCCUGCUCUCCUGAAUCGGCACCGGGACCUGUCCUGGAUGGUCGCCCACGAGAUCCUCCCGGUCAGGGCCGUUAUGCACUCACGGGGCAUGGCGAGAACAUCCGCGUGCCCCCGACCAGGCUGCGGCCUAGAGGAGUCGGUGAGGCACCUGCUCUGUGAGUGCAGAGCCGCCAGGGACCUGUGGAAGGAAGCAGGCCCCCUGAUCACCCUGUGUCUGCCAGCAGGGGAGGACCUAACGCCUCAGCUCGUGCUGUAUGGGGUGGGCCGAAGGCCUAUUCCAUCGAAGGCCUUCACCAAGCUCUGGCCCACCCUCACGUGCCUGAAGGACGCCCUGUGGUCCUCUCGUAACCUGCUGGUAGCAAAAGGCGUAGAGACCACCCCCCAGGCAGUGGCCAUGAUAGCCACGGAAGCCCUGGGGUGGUACGGAAGGAAGGGGGCCUCGACCCCAGACGAAGGGUCCCCCACAACACCCUAG